AUGUAUGCAUUCGCGUCAAUUUGAGAAAAAAAUUAAAUACUAGUUUCCGUUUACCAUUAUAGGAUAUAUCUACUUGACACAUAUUGCUCGUUUAGAAAAAUCGUACGUGUGUCUAGUGUGAUCAAAUAAUCGUAACUUGACAUGAGUGAAGGACAAUAUAGUGCAUGUGUUAAUCUUUUCGGUUGUAGCUUAUUGUCAAAAGCAGUGGGAACAUUGGAGGGCAUUCAAAAGAAAAAAUGAAGGACACAGAAACGGGCAAAAGAAAAAAAAAGGAAAAAAAGACUGAAAUCAUGAUGAGCCGAGAUGAGUUGAAUACCUCUUCUGUAGAACAAGUUUGCCAUCCAGCAAAUCGUAUCAUUCCACACAAAAAACAAGAAGAUGAUCCAAAGUAUAUAGAAAAAAUAAAUCUGAUUAGGGAAUGUCAGGAAAUUGUCGGAACUGAUCAUUCCAAGAGGAAACCAUUGAAUAUAGCUAUCAUUGGACUACCCGGUGGAGGGAAAUCAUCGCUAUUGAACACCAUAUUUGCUAGUUUUAGUACAAAGUGUUGGGAAGAUACAGUUCAAUUUGGUUCUUUUGGUGAACAUGAUAAACAGUUCACAACACGAUUCAAAAGCUUCCCCAAAGACGUUUAUUACAAGCCAAAAGACACUUAUCUAAUGCCGACGUUUUUGGACAUGACUGGGUUCGAGGACGAAGACUCUGCAAAAUCUUUGGAGCUCCUCGAGAUGGUAUUUGCUGGUAGAAUAAGGGAAGAUGAAGAAUUGAAAAGUGCAUUAAGCUUUGGAAUUAUGAAGUUCAUUCGAAAGUUUCUGUGCUAUCGUCCAGUUGAUCGGAUAAUUGUAGUCUGUACGUCAAAUCCUGAUGUUCCUUUAUCAAGGGACUUCUUCAAUGCUGUAUGGAAAGCGAAGAAAAAACACUGGGAAAUACCUGUGUAUGGGAUAAUGACACAUAAGGACAGAUACACACCAGACGAAAGACGAGUAAAAGUCAAAACUGACGAAUUUUGCAAGCACCUAGCAUUACCGCAGUGUCGGUUUGCUCAUAUCAUAAAUUACUGUGAUGCCAUCGAUAGAAAUAGAUUUCAUUUAAAGACGACUAUUCCAUCGCUUGAUGUACCAGUAUUAAAUCUUAUGACACAGGUUUUGAAACCACGUGAAGAUGACAAAAAAAAGAAACAUUGGAACAAGGUGGACAUAUUUUUAAUGUUUGCAAUCAUAGUUGCUGUAGUGGCAUUUAUCUGUAAAGCACUUUUAAUUUCCAAUCGUUAACUAUGAUUGCUUGUACUACUGCUUUUAUACUUUUUAUUUGGGAUUU